UGGGUUUUUAUUAAGCUGAUAGUCAGGUGUCCAGAUAGUUCUGGUUUUAUAGUAAAAGUGUAUGAUACUGAACGUGAUGCUUUAUUAUUCGAUUUCUUGUGUUUUCAGUAAUACUGAAUGGCCUGUGGAGUACAAAAUGGACAACAAACAGCGAGGUUACGCUCUCAUCUUUAACCAGGAAAAGUUUGCAAAGCCAAAAAGUGCAAAGCAAAAAAGUGCAAAGCAGCGCCAUGGAACUAAUGUAGACAGAGACAACCUCAGAGAAAGAUUUACAGCACUUGGGUUUAGGGUGAGCGUUCAUAAUGACCUGAAAGAGGAGCGUAUGAUGGAUGAACUGAGGAAAGCUGCACUUGCCAACCACACCGAUGAAGACUGCUUCGUCUGCAUUAUCCUGAGUCAUGGGAAAAAAGAUCAUAUUUCUGCCUUUGAUAAAGUGAUCGAAAUCAAUACAAUAACAGACCAGUUCAGAGGAGAUAAUUGUCCAAGUCUUGUAGGAAAACCCAAGAUUUUCAUCAUCCAGGCAUGUGCUGGUAGUAAAAAAGAUGAUCCUGUGACCCCUAUGGUUGGAGGGGCCAUUCACACAGGGAUCAAGGAUCCUGUUUUGUACACCCUCCCAACAGGGGCAGAUUUCCUCAUGUGUUACUCUGUAACAGAGGGUUUUGUUUCAUAUCGUGACCCAGAAUCUGGAGGGUUAUACAUUCAGGAACUGUGUAAGGCGCUGGAAGAGCACGGCUCAACUCUGGAGUUCACCGAGCUCCUGACCCUGGUCAGCAUGAGUGUUUCAAGACUCGAGCCAUUAGAGAAGAAACAGAUGCCCUGCUUCACCUCCAUGCUCACCAAGAAGCUUUACUUCAAACCCAAACACGAGUAACCCUGUGUUUACACUGGAAUGUGAGGGUGGCACGGUGGCUAAGUGGGUAGCACUGUCGCCUCACAGCAAGUAGGUCCUGCGUUCGAUCCCCAGGUUGGGCGGUCUGUGUCCUUUCUGUGUGGAGUUUGCAUGUUCUCCCUGUGUUCGUGUUUCGGUUUCCUCCCACAGUCCAAAGACAUGCAAGUGAGGUGAAUUGAAGAUACUAAAUUGUCCAAGACUUUGAUUUAAACUUGUGAACUGAUGAAUCUUGUGUAAUGAGUAACUACCGUUCCUGUCAUGAAUGUAACCAAAGUGUAAAACAUGACCUUAAAAUCCUAAUAAACAAACAAACACUGAA